AGCCGCCACCGCCAACGUCAAGGCGGCGCCCAGCUCCUUGCAAAGCUACUGCAGUGAGCGGAGAUGCUGCCGCCGCCGCUGCUCCUGGGGUUGCCUCUUGCACUUGUAGCAGCGACGCCCGCCGCUCGACCUGAGGUAGUUACUGCGCGGGUGAGCCCGCGCGCGCCUUUUCUCCCCCCGGCUCGCCGGCUGCAGUGCUCCGCGAAGGACUAGCGCGGCUCCCCCUCAGCCCGGCGCUCCUGGCAAAAGUGGUGGACGAGGGGAGAGGAGGAGGAGAUUUUUUUUUUUUUGGCCGAAAUGGCUGCUUCCCUCCUCGGCUGGGGAGCAGUAGGCACCGCCACCCCCCUGGGGACAGCAGCAGGAGGCAAGUCAAUGCGGCAGCCUCCUCAGUGAGGGAGCAGCAGCAGCGCCGCGGCGGGAGGAGCGACCGACCGACCGACCCCGCGCGUCCCGUCGCCGACUCCAGCUCGGCGGGCGAAGGUGCGAGCUGGGAAGCUGACGCACUCUCCCCUCUCUUCCCCCCCCCCAACCUCCCCUCCGCAACCCCGGAUGCCCGCUGCCGCCGCGCCUGAAGCAUGGGAGCGCUCACCAGCCGGCAGAACGCCGGAGUGGAAGAGGUGGAUAUCCCGUCCAAUUCCCUCUACAGAUAUCCCCCCAAAUCCGGAAGCUAUUUUGCCAGUCACUUCAUCAUGGGAGGUGAGAAGUUUGACUCUACACAUCCUGAAGGCUAUCUCUUUGGGGAGAACAGUGACCUCAACUUUCUUGGGAACAGACCUGUACCAUUUCCAUAUGCAGCACCUCCUCCCCAGGAGCCAGUGAAAACAUUGAGGAGCCUGAUCAACAUCCGCAAAGAUACACUGCGUUUAGUCAAAUGCACAGAGGAAGUGAAGACUCCAGGCGAGGAAGUCAGCAAAGCAAAAGUCCAGUACAACGUGGAGUUCACAUUUGAUACAGAUGCACGGGUGGCCAUAACCAUUUAUUAUCAAGCCACUGAAGAAUUUCAGAAUGGAGUGGUGAGUUAUAUACCCAAGGAGAGCAGUUUACACUCUGAGACUGUCCAUUAUAAGCGAGGUGUAUGCCAGCAGUUCUGUUUGCCUUCCCAUAGUAUUGAUCCCUCAGAAUGGGCUGAAGAAGAGGCCUCUCAUUCUUUGCAGCUGAGCUUUGAUCUGGACCGUGAAAUUUAUCCCAUGGUGGUUCUUGCAGUGGUAGAUGAGGGAGAUGAGCAUAUGGGUCACUGCCAUGUAUUGCUGGCAACUUUUGAGAAGCAUGCGGAUGGCGGCUUUUGUGUGAAACCCCUCAAACAAAAACAAGUGGUGGAUGGAGUGAGCUAUCUCCUUCAGGAAAUUUAUGGGAUAGAAAACAAAUAUAACACACAGGAUUCAAAGGUGGCAGAGGAUGAGGUGAGUGACAAUAGUGCAGAGUGUGUAGUCUGCCUCUCCGAUGUCCGAGACACCUUGAUUUUACCUUGCCGCCAUCUCUGUCUCUGCAACACUUGUGCUGACACCUUGCGCUAUCAAGCUAACAAUUGUCCCAUCUGCAGAUUACCAUUUCGGGCCUUGCUACAGAUCAGAGCCAUGAGGAAAAAAAUGGGACCCCUCUCCCCCACCAACUUCAACCCCAUCAUUGCAUCCCAGACAUCAGAUUCAGAGGAACAUUCAUCUUCAGAAAACAUCCCUCCUGGCUAUGAGGUGGUCUCCUUGCUGGAAGCCCUUAAUGGGCCUCUCACUCCAUCCCCAGCAGCCCUUCCAGUCCGUGUGCUUGGGGACAACCAUGUGUCAGGCAUGCUACCCACAUAUGGCAGUGACAGCCACUUGCCUCCCAUCCAGACACUACCUUCCCUUGAACGCUUAUCAGAUUGUGGCAGUCAAGGACAUAAAUUAAAGAAGAGCCUGUCCAAGUCAAUCUCACAGAAUUCCUCGGUAUUACAUGAAGAAGAGCAUAAGGCUUGUAGUGAAUCUGAAGUCAGGAUUUCCCAAAGGAAGUCUCCCUGUCCUCAUGGAGAGGAUUGUGGUGUGACACCUGAAAGCGAAAAUAUCACCCUGUCGUCCUCAGGAGCAAUAGAUCCAUCAUCAUGCACAGGAACACCUCUUUCUUCUACCAUUUCUUCUCCAGAAGAUCCUGUUAGUAGCAGUCUGGCUCAGUCAGUCAUGUCUAUGGCCUCCUCCCAAAGUCAGCACUCCGAAAUCAGCACAGAUACCAUGUCUUCCAUGUCAGGUUCCUAUGUAGCCCCCGGCACUGAAGAAGAUGGAGACAUGGCUGCAUCCCCUGCUGUUGUCAGUGAGGUACCUUCAGAAGGAGAUUCAACCCCAGUUGAGUCUCCUGAUGGAAAUUUUGUCAGUAUCUCAGCAGAGGAACGAGAUGCAGAGGGGAAUGAUGUCAUGGAAGAAGAGGAUGUCUCUCCCACACAGGAAGAUGGCCAAAGGACAGGCGCAUACCUAGGUAUGGAGUGUGACAAUAACAAUGACAUUGGCAACGCAAGCGUGAAAGUUCUGGACAAUAAGGUGUGCACUGAGGCCCGCUUACCUGAUCUUUCAACAUCAGCUGACAACUCUCCGAACCACGGCCAAAUGCUGAGACACCCCUUCUCUGAUAAGGCUGAUCUGGAGUUUGCUGAAGAUUUGCAGUGUAUGUUGAGACCUCUGUGUCCUCGAUACCACCAAAAAAAAAAAAAAAUUAAUACUAAACAUAACAAAGAAGAGCAGCAAAGCCGUGGGUACAAACAUCAUCAAGUACUGCAGAUCAUAUAACACCUAUUUUAAAUAGAUACAUAAUACUAAGUAUUCAAAAAAAUCACUAACUCAGUGGUUUGUGGUGGUGGUUUGUGUUAAAAUGAACUUGUGGAGAGGGUGGAUGAAUGAGCUCGAAUGAGCUUGAGAUGGAUUUGGUGAUUGGUACCUCCAUAAAUUUUCUCUCCCCUCCUAUUUUUAUCUUGCCAACUCAACCUGCUUUGUAAUCAUCGUUUCCUUUUAUGCUUUUAAUCUAACACUUGUUUGGGGAUUGUCAUAACACUGGGUUCCUUCUGCUAGCUAUGAAUUAAUGCCAGGUUAUUUGUUAGUUCUUAGCAUGUACAUACUGAAUGUGUGAUUGUGAAAACGUAAUGUAUGCGGAAACAAAUUCACACCUCCAAACCUAUGCAUUUGAAGAGCACCGUGUCUUCACCUGGAGUGAUAAAACGCAUUUGAUAUCACCUAAUGCCUGCUGACUUGAGAAGAAACGUAAUGAUCUGCCUUUUUAUCUAUUCCAGUUUCAUCCUGUAGCCUUUUAGUUACCCUUCAAACAUGCUCAGUUCUGAGCCACAUAUAAGGGAUUAAUGCCAAAGAUCUAAUAUCAGUUAUAGAUUAUUCAAGAUCUGGGCUGAAUUGUGGGAUGUAACACAGAGAGGCAAUGCUGUUUCAGGGGAAUUAACACGCCUAGUACCAACAGUACUUUGGUAAAGAAAUAAGUAGUGUCUAGCAGUUCUCUCCAAGUGGACAGAUAAGUAGUGUAGCUAGCUCUAAUUGAAACUUUUCAGCAGGGAGAUUUCUCUGUGAAAAUUCACACAGAUGUCCCUCCCCUUGAGCAAAAUGAAAUGAACUAACUGUAUGUGAAAGUGUGGCUGGGGAAAACAAAAAGAACUGGCAUAAAAUAGCAAUUUGCUAUUUCAGAUAUAUUAAAUGCAUUAUUUGUAUGGUGAUGUCACUUGAAUUACACGCAUGUUGUUGAAGUCUGUUUAUAUGGGUAAAAACCCUUUAAAUAUGUCUUUCAUUACGCAUUUGUUAAUUAUCAUGUUAACAUAUUUCCCUUGGUGACGAGUAUAUGAAAAUCAUACCAAAGCAGCAAUGUGAUUUCUUUUACACUGAAAAACAAUUAUUUGCUUGUUCAUGUAAUGAUCAUGCUGCAAUUCGCUUUCCUCCCUCCCCAACAUAUUAUUAGCAAUCGGGUGAAUCUCCAGUAUCUUGGGGCUGACCGUUUUUGAAUAUAUGCAUUAAAACUAAUGGAAGUUUUACAGUUUUUGAGAUAUGAUCUCUACUGGAUUACUGAUGGCAUUCAGUGGACUGGACUACUAUGGAAAUAAAUGGCAUUCAAGCAAUUUUUGAAGACAUGGCGAGAACAAAACUACUAACUGUAGAUGUUUAGGGUUCUCCCCCCCUCCCCUUUUAAAGCUGCUUUACCAGUCUUUGGGUGCCAUCCUAUUGGAGAUUAACCAUAAAAUAACCAUGAAGUCCUACAGCUGGACAAUCUAGUUCCAUUAAUAAUUCAAUGAGAAGGAUUCAUUUAUAAUUUCCAUAGGAGUAAUGGUGGUGGAAUGCUUCAUUUUACCUUGAAUCCUUGCUUCUUAGGUCUUCGUUAAUAAGCUAUAGUAACUGACAAUUCUUCACAGAGACCUAGAGUUAUUUUCCAGGAGAGACUUUCUGGAUGAUGAUCUUGUGUAGCCUCCAAGGGAAGAAGACAAAGUACACCUCCUCACAUUCUGCAUCAUUCCUCAUCCCCUUUUCAAGGUUAAAAAUGCAAAUCUGCUCAGGUACUAUCAUACCUUACUUUGUGUAGUCACAUAAGAACAAAUGUGUGCAUUGCUACAUAGAUAGCAUUUCCACUGCAUCCUUGGAUGACUUAAUGAAAAAUACCUACCGAAUUUAAAUACAUAUUAACUAAACAAUAAAAAAAGGAAAAAAUGGUAAAAGUAAACAAAAUGCAAAACUACUCCGCUCUUAUUUUGACUAAAUCUUCUCUAACAAGGAGAUGUUACAAAAGCAAUUGGGAAGAACAGAAUAAAGUGACAGGAUUGAGGUUUGAGAGCAAAAGAAACAUGGUCAGGAAGUACUUGUUUAUUUUUGAAUAAGAAAAUUAAUUCAAUAUCAAUUGGAUUUUAUCCUUGGAUACCAAAGGAACUGGUUGACAAUGCUGCAUGAUCUUUGAAAAAUCUUGGAGAUCAGGGAAUGUGCAAUGCAGAGGAGGAUAAAUGUUUUCCUCUUCAAAAAAGGGAAGAAGAAGGAUCCAGAGGAACUAGAGGUCAAUCUAAUAUCAGUAUCUGAGAAGAUUCUACAACAGAUUGUAAAAUGGUUGAUCUAGUAAUUACCUUGUUUUCAAUAUGCUUACAGAAGCCAGCUUGGAUUUGUCAAGAAGUCUAAUUUAGCAACCUUAGCAACAGGAUGAAAUGCCACAGAUGAAAUUCAGUAUUCUUUAUUUCAGCAAAGAAUUUGAAAGAAAUACCCCAUGACAUUCUGAUUAGCCAACUGGUUAUUUGUGGAUAUAAUUGUAUAAUAAGUAAACAGUUGAUUUUAAAAUUAUAUUUAAGAAUAUCCAUCGACUAUUCCAUAUCAAAUCAAAUGAACUUUUGUAAAUGACUGGAAUGAGAAGUAGAAAUCUGAUUAGAAUUCUUUAUUAGCCAAGUGUGAUUGGACACAUGAUGCUUCUCAGAUUUACUGACAACACCUUCAAAGCUAGAAAUAAGGCUUAGAACAAUCUUGACAGGUUACAGAAAUGGAUAAAAAAUAAUAGAUAAUAAUAAUAGAUAAUAAUAAUAAAAAUAAUGGAUCAAAAUAAUAAAAUGAAAUUUAAUAUAUGUGCAAAGUUGUAUAGGAAUCAAAUCAGUUGUACAGGUAUACAAUGAAUAUCUAACUAGACAGAAAGAUUUUGACAUACGGUAGUUGCCAAAAAUUUUAAUCAGCAGGUGGCGUUGCUACAAAAAUGGCAAAAUAAAAUUUGGAUUUUAUGUUAAGUAUAAAUAUCAAAUUGCAGGAAGUAAUUGUUCCAUUUUAUUAUAGUGAGAUCUUAUCUUGACUAUCAAUCCCAGUUCUUGAUAUAAAACAUUAAAAAUAAUUAAAAUAAAAUGCAAUAAGUUCAGAGAAAGCAAUGAGAAUGAUGGGGAAGCUGGAAAUGAAGACUUGUGAAAAGAGGGACUGAGAAUGAUUGACCUUGAGAACAGAAAACUAGGAGGAAAAGAGCAUCUUCAAAGGCCCGAAAGGAUGACCCAGAGAAGAUCAAGUUCUGUUCUUUAUCCUUUUAGAAUACAGGACACGUAAUUAUGAACUUAAGGGAGGGUUCAAUUGAAUGUUAGGAAAAGCUUGAAAGAAAUGGUGGGUUCCCCUUUACUGCAUGUGUAAAGCGAAUGCCAGACAGCUAUCUGUUAAGAAUCCUUGCACUGAGCUGGAUUUGAUAGACUAAAUGGCCCCUCCUAGUUCUUUGACUUUAUGAACAAUAUUGAUAGUAUUUUGAAAGUCUGACAACAGCAGUAACAACUAGCAUAAAACCUUGGAUAAUUAUGCUCAGCUUGAACAAGCUUGAGGGGCAUUCAGAAUAGAGCCCCAUGAAGUGACUAAAUGGAUCUGGAGUCUUCACAUGGUUUGGUGCAGCUGGUGAACACCCAUAAAAGUAUUUUGUCCUAUGAGCAUGACUUUGUCCAACUGUUCUCAUUCUUCAUUUAGAAAACUAGGCAAAAGUGCAUUUCCUCGAGCUUAUCUCACCUAUUAUGUCGUAUGCCUGUAAAAUAUUCAUAUAUUGAGACAAUGCCUGCAAUUAGGACAAAUGUUAAAAGGGAUCAUGAGGUUGGUUUAGGCGAUGUGUAUAUAUUUUAUUCUGUUCUCACCAAUACUCUUGAAAUGUGUGUGGUCCUAAUGUUCCAGGCAUCUCUCUAUAAAGACUGUAAUAAUGGUAAUUGAAUGGCGGGGAAAGAAAUGGCCCAGCAAGGGCAUUCUAAAAUGUAGCUUUCUCUUGUAGCCUUUUUCUCUCAGGGACGAAGGCCAUGUUUCAUGCACCCCUCCUAGCCAGUUUUUGUUUUUGUGAAAACAGAAAUUGCCAGAUGCAGAAAGUGGGAGCAGAUAAGCAAGUGGAACCUCACUCAGGACUGCAGUUAUAUUUUGACUCUGGGCAAUGAAGGAUGAAGCCCUCUGGAUACAUUUGUGUGCACCUCAAUGACAACGAUGCAAUAUGUAUUUAGGAUUGCAUGACUCUUUCAAAGAGUGAAUAAAACUGUUUACAAUGGAAAGAAA